AAAGACGUGUUCUUGGCAUCGCGUUUUUAUUUGGAAAUACGUUUCUAAAAACGCCAAAACCCCCCCACACAGUUAUCUCCUCUGUUCAUUCUUCUCUAUCGUGCCACUGCUAAAAUCUCAGAAUAAUAAGCACAACUAUGAUGUAUGGUUCUCAAAUUGAGAGUUGGUGAAAAUUUGAAACAUAAGUGCAAGACAAUCAUCAGAAGGGCUGCAACUGGCAAGCAUUUCCAAACCCAAAAAUAGAGAGUCAGAUAACCAAAUUGGAGCAGCACAGAAAUUGCAGCUUACAGAGAUGCAUACAUAGUAUUUAUUAGUGUUAUGGAUCGGAAAGAUAACCAAUCUCCUCAAGGUGAAGCAGCUCGGAUUUUGGUUGAAUUCUUGGAAGUGGCGAUCACUUCUAUUGUUUUCCUCAAAGGGGUUUACCCUUCUGGUGCAUUUGAGAGGAGGAGGUAUAUGAAUUUGGUGGUUCAGAGGGCUCGCCACCCUCAGCUCAGAGAUUAUAUACAUUCUGCUGUCUUUGGUCUUCUUCCUUUUAUCCAAAAGGGAAUGGUGGAGAGAGCAGCAGUUAUUUUUUUCAACACUGACGGCAUCCCAGUGGAGCGUUUUGUUUUCAAGCUUGCAGUGAAUCUGUCAUAUGGCUCAAAGGUUGAAGAAGCUGACCUGGAGUUCUCUCUUAGAUCAUUCUUAAUCAAGCUUUCGGUCUCAGAAUCUCUUACUAAGGUUCUUCCCCGCGACUACAGGUGGGAGAUAACUGCUUACUUUCGAUCCCUUCCAGAAGCUAGUGCAAACAAGGAUGUGGAGCAAUGGAUCCCAACAGACACAAGGCAGUGGGAGCAACCUCCCCUCCUGACCCCUAUUAAGUCAAUGAGUAGCGAACCUCUCUGUGUACAGUUAUACAUAGAACAUCCAAGUUUAUCUGAACCAAAGCCUUAAAAUGGGGAAGUAUAACAACACUGUAUAUAUGCGUAUAUGUACCUUUAGGCAGGUACUAACAUUUUUUUUUUUUUUCAAUAUAAUUUAGAAAUAUGUAUACUCUGAUAUAGCACAAAAAAUUAUAAAGACUGUCCUUGUAAA